AUUACAUUUCACUGAAGACAUUUUUGUGUAAUCUAGUCUAGCUCAAUCGACAAGCGACGUCAUCGUUCUGAUGUUGAUGUCCGCCGCCAUUGCUGUAGGAAAGUUAUAAGGGGCACCGAGAGAUAAACACCAAAAUGUUUUUGUCUAGGACCAUUCGUGCGGCUGUGUCGCAUUCGGCCAAGCAAGUCCGAAGCCUGCACCAGUCAGCUGCACGAACAGGAGCAGGUGGUAUCUUUGUGCACAGAGACACCCCUGACAACAAUCCAGACACCCCAUUCGAGUUCACUGCUGAGAACAUGAAGAGAAUCGAGGCGAUCAUCGGUAACUACCCCGAGGGCCACAAGCAGGCGGCCACCAUCCCCGUCCUGGACGUGGCCCAGAGGCAGCACGGCUGGCUCCCCAUCUCAGCCAUGAACAAGGUGGCUGAGGUCCUGGAGAUUCCUCCCAUGCGUGUGUAUGAGGUGGCCACCUUCUACACCAUGUUCAUGAGGCAGCCAAUGGGGAAGUACCACAUCCAGAUCUGCACCACCACGCCCUGCAUGCUGUGUGACUCCGACAGCAUCCUCGCCGCCAUCAAGACCAAGCUCGGCAUCAAUGUGGGUGAGACGACCCCAGAUAAGCUCUUCACCCUGUCUGAAGUGGAGUGCCUAGGAGCCUGCGUCAACGCACCCAUGGUACAGAUCAACGACAACUACUAUGAGGACCUGACCACGGCGGACAUGGAUCAGAUUCUGGACGAGCUGAAAGCCGGCAGGAUGCCCCCACCUGGACCCAGGAGCGGUCGUUUCUCCUGUGAGCCAGCAGGGGGCCUCACCUCUCUCACUGCACCUCCUCCAGGACCCGGCUUUGGAGUCCGCAGCGACUUAUAAAACACACACAGACACACACACACACCGGUGUUAUAAGGGUCAGCACCUGUCCUGUGUUCAUACGCUGCCCUUAAGAUAUAUUUCUGAUGUAACAAAUAACUUAUGAAGACGUCUGUUAUGUCACGUGUAAAUAAAUAAAUACAAUUUGUUGACUUGAA